GAACUGCUUUUAGUUUCUAGUGACCCCGGCUUGCGUGUUUCCUUGUUCAACGCUCCCCUCUUUCACUGCCUUUUCUUUUUGUUUCCUUCGUUCCACAGUUUCUUCUCUUCACUGUCAACCUCACCUUUCCGUCUCUCUGUCUCUGUCUCUCUCUCUCUCUCUCUCUCUCUCUCUCUCUCUCUCAAGCUUUAUAUACAUCAGCUUCCAUGGCGAAAGAGCAGGGUCCAGAAGAAAGCCCUUCAAAUAUGACCCAAGAAAAGAAAAGAGGAAAAGGCAUGGCUUCAGGCUCUAUACCCAAAUUAGUACCAGGACAAGCUCUCUGCACAUUCAUUACUAUCCUUCUCCUCUUGCUUGGUGUAACUGCACUCACACUUUGGCUCGUCUACCGCCCCCACAAACCGCAGUUCAAGGUCGUCGGCGCAUCCAUCUACGACUUCAACACAACCACACCGCAGGUCAUUUCCACCACCAUGCAAUUCACCGUCGUCACAAGAAACCCCAACAAGCGCUUGUCCAUUUACUACGACAGGCUCUCAGUUUUUGUGUCGUAUAAAGACCAAGCCAUCACGCCCCAGGUGAUGCUGCCUCCGCUGUUCCAUGAAAAGCACAGCACAGUGGUGGUGUCUCCAGUGGUGGGCGGCGGGACAGUUCCGGUGUCUGUAGAGGUGGCAAAUGGGUUAAUGAUGGAUGAAGCAUAUGGGGUGGUGGGAUUAAGGUUGGUGCUGAUGGGGAGACUGAGAUGGAAGGCUGGGCCUAUCAGGACUGGCCAUUAUGGGGUUUAUGUGAAAUGCGACAUCUUAAUGGGAUUGAAGAGAGGUUAUGUGGGUCAGGUGCCCUUGCUAGGAUCUCCUGAAUGCAAAGUAGAUAUAUGAACUUAAUUUGAAGAGUUGUAGUUGUAAUCUCAGCUUUUAUCAUCCUGACUUUUCUUUAUUCUGUAUGUGUGUGAGUACUUAGUCGUUUAUUUCGGAGAACUUUUCUUUGCCUUCCAAUCUAUAUAUAUAUAUAUAUAUAUGUAGCUCUAGAGGUAGAUUAAGGGAAGUCCGAAGUUUAGUCCUGAAAGCUGUACCAAGUCACUAUGCAUAUAUGAAUAACAAGGAUGGUAGCUAGCAGACUUUAAUUUCUA